UACACGCUUCGCAUUCAUCUCUCAACAGUGCAAGACAGACCGAAGUGUGUUUCAAAUAAUUGUUUUGGGAAGAUAACUUACUUUAACUUAAGUUAUAAAUGAAUUUAAGGAUUGUGGUUGUUUCCAAGCCUCAUCCAAGAAGCAGAAGGUUUUGACUUCCAGCUAUUUUGUUCGUGAAAUCAGGUGCUCCCCUCUCCCCCAUCCUGUCCUCUCUGCAUGGUCAUGUUCUGCUGUUGCUACCCCUCCAGCACCUCAGCUCUCCUGUUAGUCCUCCUCAGCCUCACCCCCCUGCUGGCCCUGGCUGCCCCUGCACUUCCGCAGAGAUCUUCAGUCAGCAGCAGCAGCAUCGAUGAGGCACUCCACUUGGCAAAAGAGAACCCGGGGGCAGCAGAAGGAGCUGCUUGGACACAUAGGGAAGUGGACAGCCUGCUCCAGAAACCCUUGGGUCAGGAACAUAUCUCAAAUAUGGACUCUGCCAGUGCUCUAGCUUCAGUUCUGCUUGAGGCUCUCGAUCACCCAGUUAGAGAAAAGAUGACCCAGGGCGAUUCUGAAGAAGGACUCGCAGUGGAGGAAACAAGGAAUCAGGGAGACCUUGAGCAGGGCACAGAGAAAUCAUCAGAGGCAGUACAGCCAGGUGAGGAAAACGAGAGACAAGAAAAGCUAAAGGAUGAAAGUGAGAUUGAGGAGGAGGACGGGGUGAAUGCGGCUAAAGACUGGCAACUGCAGAGUCAGUCUAAUGUGGCCACACUCCAGCGCAAAGCCAGGGGCUAUUUCCAAAACAUUGACCUCGGGUUGCAAGACAAUGAGAUCCUCCCACCUCUAAAAGGCUACAAAGCCUAUAACCAGCAGUUGGCCCAGGCGACCAAAAAGCUGAAGUGGCAGGAGGAGCGAACGAGAAACCCAUCCCAGCUCGACAGAAACUUCAUGGAUGGUUUCGAUUUUGUGGAAGAAGAGGAGGAGGAGAUUCUGACCCGCAAGGAAGAGGAGGCACAGGCUCGAGCAGAGCAGGAGGAGGUGAGUCGGCAGGAGGCGGAGGCGCAGGAGGCACGUGAGGAAGAGCAGAGAUUGGCGGACAUUGCCUCUGACAUGCUGCUGGAGUACAUGGGCAGGAAGCAGAAAGCGUCAUCCUACAUGAGCGACAUGAAGGCGGCGGCUCUCCUAAACAAUGUGGCCGAGGACAAGCGCUCGAACGAGGUGGAGGACAGCGACGAUGACGACGAGAUGGAUCCCCAGACCAUCGACAAGCUGAUCGAGAUCUCCAGCAAACUGCACUUGCCUGCUGACGAUGUGGUCGAAAUAAUCAGUGAUGUGCAGGAGAAGAAGAAAAAGAGGAAGGAUUUACCCCCGAGUAACACCCCUCGUUUCCGCCCUCUGGUUCCUCUCAAAGCCAAGCCAAGGCCUCAGGUGAAUCAAUAUCCCAAGUCGCAUAAGAAAUCCUCUUAUAAAGCUGAUCCAUAUAAGAAAUGGUACAAGGAAAAAAACAAAGGCAAGCUCAGCAAGCAGGACUAUUGGUUUAAGCCGCAGAAGCAGUUUCUGGCCUAUCCCUCGUUCCCCUACUAUCAGAAGCCAUAUCGAGCCUAUUACCCGGUCUUCUUCCCGCCCCCAAAGCCGCGGUUCUAUACAAAUCCUGCUCUGUCAUUUGACUACAACUUUGGGGGCUCCAUGGGAUACGGUCUGAAGCCUCCAAACCGCAGGUAUAGAGACAGGCCAAAAGCGAGGGACUGGAAAUGGGCGCAAGCCCCUCAACGCUCGCAGAGCCAAUACCCACAACCGGGCACUGUCAUAUCUAAUUACAUUCUACCCCAUCCCCGAACUUACCAGGCUCUCCCAAUGCCCAAACCACGUUCUCCUCCAAGUGGGAGAGCACCUUCUUACAUCUACCCACCAGACUAUGUGUACGACGAGCCCGAGUCUCCGCAGGAAAGCGAUGAAGAACUGGAGAACUUCAUUGAGAAGAUUUAUUACAACCGUAGGUUAUUUUAGGCAGUCGCGAGUUCAGGAUAUUCUGAAGCGAUGAAACAAGCGAUGAAAGAGUGAGGAGAAAAGGCUGACAGGGAAUUUGAGUGACAGGGCUGUGAAAAGGCAGUUAGGUGUUUCUUCUCCACUCUUGUGUUUUGAUACAUUCCAAAUCAGGAACGGAAGAGACGGUGCUGCCAAAUCAGAACCUCUCUGCGUGCACUCAUUUGGUUUCUCUCGCAGUUUACAUUUUAAUUUGGUGAGAGAAUACACAGGUGAAUUUGUAAGGUUUCAUUCAGGUAUGUUUUUGAUUCUCUUGCAUGUAAAAAAAGGACACACAAAAAAAGAAGAUAAAACAAAAACAAGCAGACAAAACGGUAAAAUGAAAACAUUUUCGGUGCCAAAUGCAAGAGACCCAUGUUUAUACAAAGAUUUAUUUUCUUUAGGAAACACUUGAUUAAUUGAAAAGCAAAGCUUGUGGUUGAGAUCUUGACACUGCAGGGCACAGUAAUAAUUGCUAUGGCACUAAUUACACAAACAAGUAACUGUCCAAUUAUUACAGGCUUUUCCUGAAGGUCUGUUGGAUUGUUUUGAUCAAUGUUCCUAUUGCCUUAAUACUGAUCACUGUUUUAGCUCAUCCAUGUGCAUGCAGGUCUUGCACCACUAAAAAGAAAAAGAAAAGAAAAAAAAGAAUUCUGUCAUGCAGGCUGUAAACAAUGCUUGAAAGGAAAUCUUCCAUUUUAUUCACAGAAAUGCAAAAUGGUGAAUAUCUUUGCUAGGUCAGUGCCCUGUCAAUCUACUUGGUGGAAUACCUGUACACAUGUGAUUGAAAGUCAACUUCACAUCUUGCCAAAAUUUGGAAGACAUUUUAAAAAAGCCCCUGUUACUGUGGGUUACCUCCAAUGUUCAACCACCGAGUACAGGAUCUUUGUUAUGGGAGCCAACAGAACGCUGUAUAGUAUAAUGUUUGUUCCUAAAAAUGAGUUUUAAACCGUCUGAAGUUUGUGAGGAAUACUCUGAGGGUGAACAGUUUGCACGUCUAUCUGUAUUUGCAUCUUUAAAAAAAAACAAAAAAAAAAAUCUGCCAAAUUUGGGGAAAAUUUUCCUUGAUCAAACUGUGAUUAUUUUAAAAAUUAACAAUAAAAAAAGAAAACAAAGAAAGACAACUUUAAUUACUAUAGCAAGUGUUUUCAUCAGUGAACUGUCUUGUGAAAGGAAUUUGUUGUUGUCAACUUUCAGAUUGUAAGUUGUACAGUGUCAAAUAAACAAAUGUGUGUGCAAUGUGUAAA